AUGUCUAUAGAAUCUAAAUUCAGCUAUUUCUUUGGCAAAAAAGAUUUGAAAUUUUUAAUGGUUGGUCUUGAAUCUGCUGGUAAAACAACAAUUUUAAACAAACUGGGAUUAGGUGAAAUUGUUACCACAACUCCAGCUGAUGGUUUCAAUAUUGAAACUGUAGAGUUCAAAAACACUAACUUUACCUCUUGGGAUGUCGGUGGUCAAGAUAAAAUUAGACCAUUAUGGAGACAUUAUUACCAAAAUACUCAAUGUCUCAUCUUUGUCGUCGAUUCAAACGAUAGAGAAAGAAUUCAAGAAGCACGUGAUGAACUCCAAAAAAUGCUCAAUGAAGAUGAUUUAGGUCAUGUCCUUCUUUUAGUUUUCUGUAACAAACAGGAUCUUCCAAAUGCAAUGUUGGCUCCUGAGAUAACUGAUAAACUAAAUCUCCACUCCCUCCGUCAAAGAAAAUGGUAUAUCCAAGAAACUAGAGCAACCUCAGGUGACGGUCUUUAUCAGGGUCUUGACUGGUUUAGCAACACUUAUUUUAAUAAUAAAUAAAAAAAUUUUGAAUAGUUUCUAUGCAAAUAUUCAAUCUUAUAGAACUAUAUUCAUAAAUAUUUAAUUUUAAAUAAAGAUUUAUUUAAAUUCUAU